AUGGCAACGAACGACGUUGCGGCCACCACCGCCACCGUCAGCGCCAGCGCCAACACCAGCGCCCAGCCUGCGAGCACCGAGGAUGAAGCGUACGACAGCCGGUCGCCGAGCCCAGCACUGACUGUGUCCAACGGACCCACGUCUCCGCCCUCUGUCACCGACUCGCUCGCCCCCUGCAGCAGUGCCAUGACGUCGCCCAACCCCACCACCAUCUCGACCUCGAGUCUCCCCGGUGCUUCUGGGACCGGACCGGCGAGCUCGGGAGGCACACCAGCCGCCGCACCCACCCCCAAGGCCGAGAUUGGGUUUGGUUCUCUGCACGCCGAAGAGGAGAUCAAGAAGGCUCUGUCGUCAAAGGACCGCAUGUGGGUCCUCAUGCUCGGCAAGGAGUUUGAGGUGUUUAUCGGCCGCGUCGUGCGAAGAGAGCACACGGCGCGUAUACCUUCGUCCCAGGCCUCGGCGUCCACCUCGGUCAUGGACUCGCUCGGCCCAUCAAAGAAGAUUGACGUCGCGGCAGUGUCCAAGUACCACCGCAUGCUCACGUACAAGCUUGCCGAGUGGUAUGGCCUGCGCGCCGUCGCGGGUGUGGACGGUGCCAUGGUCGUCGGCGUGCUGGGGACGCUGGAAGAGCGAGCUACAACGCUCAAGAUCUCGACUGUCGUGCCCGAGGCGACUGCGCCGCAACCGCAACAGUUCAAGAUUAUGCGGCGUGAGGCAGCAGCAAGCGACGACGACGGCGUGUCCCGCGCUACCUCGGUGGUGUCGGGCGAGGACGGUACCGAGUCUUCGGGGCCGCGCGGCAAGACGCUCGAGGAGCGGACGGCAGCGUACGCGCUCGCGAGGAAGAGGAUUAUCGGCGACCAUGACCUGGACGACGACAAUGUGUCGGCUACGGCCAGCCUUCCACGGUCUCGACAGGCGUCACGGUUCGGCGAUGAGGAGGAAGACGACUUGGACGCUGUGCCAAGACGAGCGUAUCCGCCCGACUAUGAGUUUGUGUAUCCGUCACUGUAUCAUUCGGCCAGCGAGAGCCAGACGACCCCGGCCAUGCCUCAAGGCGUUGCUCCUCCACAAGUCAACGCGCCAUACGGUUAUGCCGGCGUCCAGGCCCCACCAUACCAGGGCUAUAUGCCGCAGGCUAUGGGAUACCCAGACCAACGGCAGUAUGGGAUGCCGUCCUAUGCCAAUGCCCAGCCGUACCCUGGCGGAGUGCCGAUGGGUGGCUACGCUCAGCCAUGGCAGCAGCAAGUCAUGGGCCCGGGACCGGGCAUGAUGAGCGGACAGAUGUCGGGUGUCAUGAUUCCAAUGGUCGGCGGACAAGGCUGGUACCCACCAGAGAUGGGUAUGGCGUCGCCUGCAGCCAACAUGAUGCCCAUGAUCCCGCAGGGCAUGCCGUACCCGCCAAGCUUUGGAUACGCUCAGCAACAACAGCCCAUGCCCAUCCCCCAGCCUCAGCAACCGACGCUCGCGCAGCCCACGCCAAUGCGUCCCGGUAUCGACCCGCUCAGCUCGACGGCGUCGUCCAUCUCGUCCCGUUCGUACCAGGACGUCCACUCCCGCCCGCACUCGCGUGGGUCCACCACCAGUACGCGCAGCGCAGCCAGCAGCGUCCGGCUAGGUGCAAUGUACUCGACUGGUCAGCAGCCAGGUUACGGGUUCCGCCAAAAGGCCGUCAAGCCUGCCCAGCCAAGCUUCACGAGCGUCAAGGGGAUGGUGUUUGCAGAGCCCAAACGUAGUGGUCGCCAGAGUCCCGCGUCGACGACCUCGUCUCGGUCGUCUCGGCGCACGUCAUCAAUCCACAUUACACAGCCGCAGCCUGGGCAACAUCCUUUGCCCCAGCGCCCCGAUUGGGCGGCCAACAAUGUGCCCUACCAUCCGUCACCCAUGCCGUUGCCCGGAGGACAAGAGCCCAGCACGUCCGACUUUCCUCCACUGCAUCGUGGCGCCGCCGCCACCAACGCCGAGCCAAUGCAGAUUGAAAAGGUCAAGAUGCGGCCAUCAAACGGGACAGUGUGGAACGGUGCCGCGGCGCGUAACAUCCAGCACCACGCACCGUCGCCCCAGCGCCAGAACCAGAACCACGGCGCGAACCCUCAUGGCCAGCAGUACCAGCCGCAGGCUGUAGUGCUCAGCCACAGCCCCGAGCCACCAGCCGUGACCAUUCUCCCCAACCCGAACAAGGUUGUCGGUCCGGCACAGCCCGUCUCGCCGGUGUCGGCGGACAUGGACCCCGAUUUCCCGAGGCGCAUGCCUUCCCGUACGCCGUCGCUGUAUGACCCAUCAGCGCCCCGUCCCGCCCAGCCUGCGCCGCGGCAGUCGCCCAUGCCUCCUCCGCCCGUGCCCGCCUCGGCCUCUGUCGCCGCCUCGCCAGCGCCAGCACCGACAUUGGCACCGGCUCCUGCACCUGCACCUGCGCCAGCACCUGUACCAGCACCGGCACCGGCACUAGCUCAAGCACCCGCUCCAGCUCCAGCACCCGCUCAGGCUCCCCCUCCCGCUGCGGUGUCGCCCGACCCGGUAUCGAGCCUAUCCGCCGUGCCUGCCGUGUCCGACGACUCGGUCGAGGCGCGCCUCGCCGCAUUGAGCGUCAAGGGUGUGCUGGCCCCGUCUAGCAGGCAGCCGCCGAGCUACGCCAAGAUUGUGCGCCGCGACUAG